GCCGACAAAGACCGCUGUUUCGACCCGUAUAGAGCACCAGGAUAUCUCUACAUACCCGACUCCCACUCGAACUACAACCAAACACAAUGGAUCCCGUUCACGGACCAACUACUCCACGUGGAGAGUCUACCGGUAUCGUCAUACCCACCCAUCGACGGCAAAGACGUAUUCUUCACACGCGGUGAAGUCGAAGAGGAGUUCCUCACCGCGCCCACAACCCCCAAGCAAUGGAUGCAACUCGUCAAAUCCGAAAAUGAGAUUCGUCGUUCCGCGAUUCAAUCCACAAAAACCAGCGAUUUCGCACCCCUCAAAGACCACGGCGUCCUUUCCUGGCUAUGGGACCGACGUGUGGUGCUCGUUGGAGACAGCGUCGACCGCUUCAUGACCCAGUUCUUCUGCGAGGAACUAGGGAGCAGCAUGACCGAACCAGAACGACACACGACAGCGACAUGCCACAUCCCAUCCUUCAACCUAACUAUCACCCACUGGCAUUUCCCAGGCACCUAUACCUCCCGCCCAGACUGGUGGUGGAUGCCAAACAUGAAACUCAUCCCAUUCGAAGAACGCUGGGAACAGCUCUGGUCAAAAACCGAUGUCCCAUCCACCGACUCCACUCCAGGAAUCCGUGGACCGAACGGAAUCCCGGAUUUAGUGAUGUGGCAGAGUGGAUUAUGGGACCAACGCAUGAUGUGGGAAUCAGGUGAAGCCCACGCGAAAUCAACCGGCGGCAAGCCUUCCCCCCUCGCCUCCCGCACCCGCCAAAUGUGCUGGGAAGAACUUCGCUUCACGACCUCCCGCCUCCGCAAACUUUUGCAACAUCUCCACCUCUCCUUCGGCCCCGACCUCCCCCUCCUCUACCGCACGAUAACAACCCACCGCGACUCUGACGCAAAGGACGCGAAUCUGUACGAGAUUGAUCGUGUUUCGAGGUUUGUGGCGAGUAAGGAGGGAAGCGAGGUUUUUGAGUGGGGGAGGUGUUUGAGUGCGUUGACGAUGUUGUAUAUGGAUCAAACGCAUCCGGCGAAGGGGGCGGCGAGUUGGUUGUGGGGGAAUAUGUUGUUGGAGUAUUUGAAAAGGAGUUCGAAGGGGUGGGGGGAGUGUCAUCAGGAGGGUCUUGCUUGGGGUGGAAGGUAG